UGGAUGUACUUUGGUAGUAUAUAGAGUCCCUGCUGUCCAUCGGUUUUCGAAUUCCACCGAGUGUAUCUUGAUCUCCAUCAGUCAUUUGUUACAUCUUUUGCCCCAAACCAACAACAAGUUUUUUUUUGGCCUGAACAUACUGCGCCGAAGAUCUGAUUUGAUAGGCGAAAUCGAGUCGUGUAUGCGAUGUUUUAAUUUUCAUUGGGCUACUCACCGAUCUUCGAGCUUUUGCUGUUUCUGAGUUUUGAUAUAAAAGGUUCUAACAGAAAGGCUAGUGACUGGAGGGGAAUGUGAUUUGCAUGGGUGACGAUGCCAGAGUUGUGUAGUGGAGCACGGAGAUCAAAGCGGCUAGGUGAUCUCCAGUCUGCCCCCCAACCCACCAACGGACAAGAAGAAAAUUUGGCUUUACCCACACAGAAUAGAACCAGAAGGAGAGGUGGAGGCGGCGGUGGAAGGGGUAGAGGUAAUGCAACAGCUGUAGCAAAAGGACCUUCAACAGGAGUUCGUGGGAGGCCAGCUGGUGGUGGUAGAGGCAGGGGGGUUAGGUUGAUAGAUUUAGAUCCAGAGCCACCUUGUGAGGCACCUCAAGCUGUUGCAGGUGUAAUCAGGGAACCUACUGCUAUUAAUCGAAUUGAAGGUGCUGCAAACAAAGAUAUUGCAAUGGAAGGUGGCAGUGGAGAUAAUAAAGCAGUGGGAGUCGAAGAAGAAGGAAAUACAACUCCCGUACCUGAGAGGGUACAAGUCGGCAAUUCUCCUCAGUACAAGACCGAAAGGAAGCUAGGUAAGGGUGGGUUUGGCCAAGUCUAUGUUGGCAGGAAAAUAAGUGGUGGUACAGAGAGAACAGGACCAGACGCGGUUGAGGUUGCCUUGAAGUUUGAGCACCGAAAUAGCAAGGGUUGCAACUACGGCCCUCCGUACGAGUGGCAGGUGUACAACACUCUUAAUGGAUGCUAUGGAAUUCCAAUGGUUCACUACAAGGGCCGACAGGGAGAUUUCUACAUUCUGGUUAUGGACAUUCUUGGACCAAGUCUUUGGGAUGUUUGGAAUUCUUUGGGGCAAUCGAUGUCACCAAAUAUGGCUGCCUGCAUUGCAGUGGAGGCAAUAUCUAUUCUUGAAAAGCUUCACUUGAAGGGGUUUGUCCACGGAGAUGUGAAGCCUGAGAAUUUUUUACUUGGUCAGCCAGGAACAGCUGAGGAAAAGAAGCUGUAUCUUAUCGAUCUUGGGUUGGCUUCGAGGUGGAAAGACUCAGCAUCUGGUCAGCAUGUAGAAUAUGACCAGAGGCCUGAUAUAUUCAGGGGGACUAUAAGAUACGCCAGUGUCCAUGCACAUUUAGGUAGAACAGGAAGUAGAAGAGACGAUCUUGAGUCUCUGGCAUACACACUAAUUUUUCUCAUAAAGGGAAGGUUGCCUUGGCAAGGUUAUCAGGGUGAUAACAAGAGUUUCCUUGUCUGCAAAAAGAAGAUGGCUACAUCUCCAGAGUUAAUGUGUUGCUUUUGUCCGGCACCAUUCAAACAGUUUCUCGAAGCUGUUACUAAUAUGAAGUUCGAUGAAGAGCCAAAUUAUGCAAAGCUUAUAUCUUUUUUUGACAGUUUAAUUGAACCAUGUACAUCACUUAGGCCAAUAAGAAUUGAUGGAGCUCUCAAGGUUGGUCAGAAGCGUAGCAGGCUGCUCAUAAACUUGGAGGAAGAUGAACAGCCAAGGAAGAAAGUACGACUGGGUAGUCCUGCUAACCAGUGGAUUUCAGUGUACAAUGCUCGCCGUCCCAUGAAGCAGAGAUACCACUACAACGUUGCAGACACUAGGCUAAGCCAGCAUGUAGAGAAGGGGAACGAAGAUGGCUUAUAUAUUAGCUGUGUGGCUUCUGCUGCAAAUCUUUGGGCCUUGAUAAUGGAUGCUGGAACGGGUUUCAGUUCCCAAGUCUAUGAUCUUUCAGCAGUUUUCCUUCAUAAGGAUUGGAUAAUGGAACAGUGGGAAAAGAACUUUUAUAUCAGCUCAAUAGCUGGUGCAACUAAUGGAAGUUCCUUGGUGGUUAUGUCUAAAGGAACUCCUUAUACUCAGCAGUCUUACAAAGUAAGUGAAUCAUUUCCAUUUAAAUGGAUAAACAAGAAAUGGAAAGAAGGGUUCCAUGUGACGUCCAUGACUACUGCUGGGAGUCGUUGGGGUGUCGUGAUGUCCAGGAAUGCAGGAUACUCAGAACAGGUUGUUGAGCUUGACUUUCUGUAUCCAAGUGAAGGAAUCCAUAGACGGUGGGAGAGUGGUUACAGAAUAACAUCAAUGGCUGCCACUGGCGAUCAAGCAGCUCUCAUAUUGAGUAUACCUAGACGCAAAGUGAUGGAUGAAACUCAAGAGACCCUUCGGACUUCUGCAUUUCCAAGCACUCAUGUAAAGGAAAAGUGGUCCAAGAAUCUCUACAUUGCUUCAAUAUGCUAUGGGAGAACCGUGUGCUGAUCAUUCCUUUAAAGCUGAAAGAAUUCCUGCAUUUUUUGUUGGGGGUUGCGAUCUCUUGUGAUGUAUUAUGGUAAAAACUGCAGAGGUGGGCUAUCCAGAAUUUGCUUGACUGAAUGGAACAGACAGCAAUUGCCAUAGGCAUAAAACUGAUUGGUCUUGGCAUCAUUUAAAUGGCCAAGAAUGUAUGAGCAUUCCAUCUAUCCCUGUUGUACUCCACUUAUUUGUGUAAAAUACACAUUUCAUCACCUUUUUUUCAAAUUGUGUCCAAAUCUUUUGCUUCAUGGUAAUGAAUAAUAGUCCCAAGAAACCAAUCUCUUUUGGUUUAACCAACCACAUUUUCUGCCAAG